AUGGCAGUGAAAAGAGUGAUGGACUUGAAAGGCGAUCACGCGUUAAGUAAUGCAAAACUCAUAUCUUACGCGAGGUUGCUUUUGGGCGUUCUAAGGCCAUCACGGCGCCGUCUGUUUUGGAUUAAAAGAUCAACGCGAAAAUUAUUUACACAUCUUCAUGUCUCACUGACAAAAGAAGAAGGCACGACCCUGAACCCGAAAUUAUCUAACAUGUUCAGACGCUCAUUACAUCUUUCGGGUUUUGAAAUUGAUCAUAAAAUAUCAAUAAGCAAAAUCUAA